AUGUAUCUUCCAAAAUAUGAUGGGAAUAUUCAUCCAGAUGAAUGGAUAAAUGAUAUUCAAAGUGGCCUUCAACGUAAUAAUCUUAAAGUUGAUGUAACUUAUGCAAAACAAUUAGUAGAUCCUAUUAUCAACCUCCCAGAUGAAACAGAUGAAAAUGAUUCUUUUGAAAGACUUCGUGAUGCACUUAAAGAUGACAUUUCAUUUACGAUUGUCAUGGAUGAGUCAAUUUUAAUUAGAAAUGGAUCUAUUGUAGCUUUAAAACAUGUUGCCACGGGAAAAUAUUUAAGUUCAAUUAAAAAUUUAAAAUAUCAAACUGGAAGCAUGUUUCAAUUGGUUUUUGUAAAUGAUUUGUUAAAUUCGGAUGCUUUAUGGAAUAUCACAUUUACGAGCGGUACAGAAUUAGCUUCAUACUCCGAUACUUAUAUUUAUUUACAACACAAAAGUUCUAGCAACUUUCUUGGAAUGUAUCCUGGUUACUAUAAAUCUCCGGUAACUCGGCACAAUGAAGUAUGUUGUUCUUCACAAGAAAAUUGGAAGUUUAAUCAUAGUAAAUUAGAAAAUUAUCAAGGUUAUUUGAAAUCAAAUGAUAUUAUUAAUCUUAGUUUUACUAAUAGAUAUAAUGUUCAACAAGUAUUUUUACGUAGUCAUGAUUUUCAAUUUACUAUUGGAAAUGAUUCUUAUCAAGAAGUUGUUUGUCAUAACGAAAGACUAGGGGGCAAUGAUGAGUGGUGUAUUGAAAUUGUUAAGCAGAACUUAAAUAGUUAA